GUUCAAUGCUUUAUGUCCUCAUCUGUACAAUUCAUACACCGAAAAGGGGAUGGAGCCUUGCAAAGUGGUCCUAAGCACCUUGCCGGGUUCAACCCCACACCUGCAUACCCGGACUUCCCAGUGACAGUGAUGGACACAAAAACUGCGAGUGCCAUAGCCCCGGCCACCACAAGACACACCAUUGCUAAACCAAGUUCCUUGCACCUAUUCUUGUCAAAUGCCACAGUGACUCCAACAAAGAGGACCACAAAUGUGCAAACAAAUUCUAACACCAAUGCUGUAUGGGUGCCUACUCCAUGUGUUGUGCAGCCACCUAAGGAGUAUUUUUGGGCAGCAUUAUGAUCCAUCACAGUCUUGAUAAUAAGAAAUCCCACAAUUGAACCAACACAUUGCAUCAACAUGUAGAUGGAAGCUCUAGCAAGAGUUAUGACACCUUUUAGGGCAGCUAUGAAUGUGAAAACAGGACUCAUAUGACCACCAGAU